CUCCAUGAUUGUCAUUGAUAAUUCAGGAUUCAUUGACGCAAAAUUCUUAAAUUUUCCCCGAUUUAUUGUUCCUUUUUUUCGUUACAUCUUUGAGCUUAGUCCAGGAUAUGGGGCUGUUACGCAGAACGCCACUCGAACUCCCCACUGCCAAGUGGUAUCGUGGGCUAUCCCUGCUCCAAAUAGAGGCUGCCAACGAUUUGGCGGAUGCUGCCAAAUUUGAUUUGGCCGUCAACCGGAGUCAUCGGACCCGGGACUGCCUGAUGCGCUUGGGCCUGCGCCCGUUGCCCAAACCUAGUCAGCUAACUCAGCUGGUAAAGAUAAGCAGAGCCCAGGUGCUGGCCCUGCUGUACUUUGUGUUUCAGAAGAAUUACAAUAUAGACCAAUACUGCGGGAAAUAUUCGGUAAAUGCCCAACUUUUGCUAUCGGCCCUUGCUUACUUGGACCUUCCGGCCACAUUCAAGGCCCUGGACCAAAUCCUUCCCCUCCAUGAGACUAAUACUGUUACUGAAACUACAGAAAAGGAAAAAUAUGUUAAACAAACAGUAUUGCCUGAGAGGAGAAUCCUUAGACCAAUUGGUGGGCCGGUGUCCCCGUACUUUCAGAAACAACCUCGUCCGAAAAUACAUCGCCAGGAGAAUCGUUUUGUGACAAGGCCUCCGCCCUUCACGGUGGAGAUACCACACGAAAGUAAAGAUAUCAAGGAAAUAGAUAAUCAUUGGUUCUCCGACUAUAAGUUUCAACCUCUUUAUCGGAAAAUUCAGACGAUUAUAAAAUUAGAGCUUCGUAGACUUUUCGACAAAUUAGACGAAGCACCACAGGAUUCGGUCAAAGAAUCGACCUCAAAGGAACUUUGCAGUUUCCAUGAGGAGACCAGGUCACUGGAACGUCAAGCCUUUCUGGUUGAUCAGCGGAAUCGUUACCUGGAAAUGAUAGAUGUGGGUGCCAGAGAAAAGCAGCUCACGAAACAGCGGAUUAUUAAGCACCUAAAUCGCGAUGUGGAUGAGUAUCUAAAGAAGUUUGCCGACAAAGGCUGGAGUCCUGGGGUGCCUGCUAUAAGGAAAACGGAAUGUUGUGCCUGCUCGGGACUGGUCCAUGUCAGUCUGGAGUCGCCGCCAAAGGUGCUUAGCAUGGAAGGCGAACGAACGAGACUCUAUGAAUCGAAUGGUCCCCAGUUUCGACUUUGUGGUGGCGAAGUUUCCAAACGAUCGUCCGUGCAGCAACCCAAUGAUCCAUUGACAAGCUACUUCCGGUCUCCAAAACUCCAUGUUCCCUAUGUUUUCAACUAUUCUAAAAUUUUUGCGAGCGAUAGCUCGAAAUCUUUAAAUACAACCGAAAUUAUUGGAACAGGAUUGGUUAAAAGCCUGAUGAGGAGUAGUGACGAUGACGAACAGAUUGGUGACCAAGUGUCCCAACGGAGCAAACAAACGCAUAGGAGUAGCACUAGACUCAUCUCCAAAUCAGUUCUUAGAAGCCACACGAACCAGUCUUCCUGUUCACAUCAAAGCUCCCGACCAAUUCGAGGGCUCCGCCAUAAACAGUGCCCCAACUCCGAUAUAAAUAAGGGCAUCGAUCAGGAGUCUCACUCAGAUGAAAAAAUCCAUAGUCCAAUUAUGAAGCACUACAUUGACCAGGCCCUGUGCCGAUGUGUGCGGAGAAUCUUUGAGAAGAGUUUGCUUGUGGCCAACAGAGAUAGCGACAAGCUCCAGUUGAAUCGCCUUUCCUAUCCCCAACACAAAUUAAUUGACCCCGAUGAUGACAGGUUGAUGGACCAGAUGUUAAAAGAUGCUUUUCGCGUCCUGCGGAAGGACAAAAACCUGGUGCUAGCAACUCUGCCCGACGGCCACCAGAUUCCUGAGAUGCGGGAGUGGAUUAAGAGGCGUUAUGGUAAACAAUACGGACUGCAGUCCAGGAAGAUGUACUUCAAAACCAGCGCCAAGAUGGUAAAGAAUCUGGACUUGAUCGAAGAGCUUCGCAGAGUAAGCGCCAUAAUAGAUCCGCUGUUAAUACGAUAUGCGCCCAUUUCAUUUGGAAUGUACCACUCGAUAACCAAGUCGGCGAAACUGUUCAAGGAGAAAGUUCGUGAGGAUGUGUUCCAGUUAAUGCUGCAGCGUACCCGUGUCUGCUGGCAGGUGCUACACGGUCUUCGAGCGAAGAAUAACACCAGUCUUCGCGAGAUUUUCUUCACGUAUAUGCCCAGCAGUGUCCGCCACGGUGGGCCAACUAUGAGUCAAUAUUUUACAGAUAACCCUCGCGAAGACCCAAGGAAGAACCGUUUUUUAAAUUGGAAUCAUUGAGCUCAGACCAAUCCAAUGGACAAUUGAAUGGCAUUCAUUAAAGUGCCUAUUGGAUUGGCCAGGAACUGCAAUAUGAGGUCUGGAUCAAAAUUGUAUUGCUCUGAAAAUUUUGAUAUGAUAUUAGUUUUAUUCGCGAACUAGGAUAAACAUUUUAUUUAAAAUGGAUAUUUUCAUGAAGGAAUCGAAGCAUGAAUGUUACCAUUUUAAUAAGAUUGUUUUAAUUUUUAAAUAAAUUGUUUAA